CUUUGUCGGAGCGACGAGCUGCUAUACAGCAGCCACACUGGAGGUGAUAUAUCCCCCACCCCCUGAACAACCGAAGUUUCAGUUUCUGGGGGAAAAAAAGUGGAAGGAGAAGAAAGAGAAGUGGGAAGGUGUUUUAGACAUUCAUGUAUUUACGAAGAGAAGCUGCUCCAGGAUUUCGUGCCUUUUAAAGACCCCUGUUCUGGAAAAGUGAAGAACCUAAUAUUUUGUCCUAUUGUUCUCAUAAGGAAGUACUGCAUGAAAUGUGCCCUUCAACAGAACUCACCCAGAGAGGGGAAUGAGAGACUGAAGAUGAGGUGCCAUGAUGCGAAGAAGACGAUGCUACACUAAGGACUUGGCUAAAGACAUGAAACUGAGACAUAUCUUCCUGUCUGUCCUGUUUUUUGGAUGCGUGGGUCUGCUAUUCUUCGUGUACCUUCAAGCACAGAUUGAAGAGCAGUCUCCAGGGCUGAGGAUCCAUCAGGACCAAAUGACAAAGUCUUGGAAUAGGCAAAUCAAGAUCCCAGAGAAGAAUUGGACAGUUUUCAAGAGUGGAAGGGUUACAGGUUACAGAGUUGACAAGGCCAGCAAAGAGGGUGCCUCAGAGCCUUGGCAGUCCAUUUUUAACCCAAACAGGGAUUCUGCAAAGCAGAGGUUGCUUCAACAAACGAAGAUGAGGAACCUUCUGCUGAAAAAGUACCUGAAGCCGAUGAACCUGGCAUCUUUCCAGCUAUCAAACCGGACUCUGGUUACAGAUGCAGUUCAUGAGGAAAGGAAGAGAUUCCUGGCCAGCUUUUGCAAGAAGCUUUACAUCAGCAGGCGCAGGCGCUCUCUGAGCCGACUGGUAUCUCAGGUUUAUGUGGAAGAGAAGCACAAGCUGCUAUAUUGUGAGGUGCCCAAAGCGGGCUGUUCGAACUGGAAACGCAUUCUGAUGGUGCUGAGUGGCCUCGCCAAGUCACCAGGCAACAUCUCACAUGACUUUGUGCACUACAGCAAGCAGCUGCGGCGCCUCGACAGCUACAGUCUCAGGGAGUCCUACGAACUACUCAACAGCUUCAUCAAGGUCUUGUUUGUCAGGGACCCCAUGGAAAGGCUGGUGUCUGCUUUCCGUGACAAGUUCGAACACCCCAACAGCUACUAUCACCCAGUGUUUGGCAGGGAGAUCUUAAAAAAGUACAGAGCCAACGCCAGUGCUGAAGCUCUCAGAACAGGCUCGGGUGUGACUUUCAGGGAGUUUGUUCAAUAUCUCUUGGAUCCACAUAAGCCCAUUGGCAUGGACAUCCACUGGGAACAAAUUAGUAAGCUCUGCUCUCCUUGUCUGAUCAACUAUGACUUUAUUGGAAAGUUUGAGAGUUUGGAGCAGGAUGCUAACUACCUCCUGAAGCUUAUAGGUGCCCCUGAGGGGUUACAAUUCCCAAGUUUCAAAGAUAGGCACUCCUCAGAUGAGAGAACUACCUCUGCUGUGGUGGAACAGUAUCUUGCCCAAAUAACCCCCUCAGAGAGACAGCAGAUUUAUAACUUCUAUUAUCUGGAUUACCUCAUGUUCAACUAUUCCAAGCCAUAUCUUUAGCAUGGCUUUGGAUUGAAAGAGUAAUUUAUCAACAAAAAUCUUUAAUAUAUUUUGUGACACAAAAGUUAUUUUAAUACUUUUCUAUUGGUUUGGUAUAACAUUCAGUCAUUUUGACUCUUCUUGAUCCCAGCAGUUAAUCUUUGACAUAAAAGAAAUGGUCAAUUUCCUCAGCUGAUUCAUGAACAUUGGCGUUACGUAGCAAAGCUAAACAAGUUUGGGGCUGUGGAGGAAGAUGAUUGAAUCAUCUGCUACUUUGGUUUUCUUGAAGCCUGGUCCCAACUAAGUUGGACCAUCCAGUUUUGGUAUUGAUUCUCCCAGAUCUGGGGUGAGAAUAUUCAUCACCAUUCGUCACAAGUAACAACUUUAAGACGUCGACGCCUUUGGUAGUUAAGUGACUUCUGAACAAUCAGUGGCUGAAGCUGAAGCAUAUCCAUUCCAAGGAGGUGAUGGGGGCCUCUCAUCAGACUCUGAAAAGUAGAACAAAGUAGAGAAAAUUGAGGGGACCAGAAGGGUUGACUGGGAAUCAAAACCUUACUGUAUUCUCCCACAAUACUGCUACUGAAAGUUUUUAAUGUUUUUCAGGAGGUGGACAUACUUCUGAGAGUAGGUGUUGUGCAAGGCUUUUAAUGGUAUUUCUUAAGUUAACUCUACAGUGCACCUAAGGUCAUUGUAGGAAUCUUGACAUAAUUCUACUUGAAAUUACAGAAUAAAGAACACACUCUGCAUAAUCUUGUCUCCUUUGGGCUUUGGGCAAGAUGGGAUGUAUGUGAAGGGGUGGGCGAUUUCUUUUGAAUAACUUGAUUCAUUUCUCUUGGUUUUUAAUACACUUUAGCUUGGCUGAGUGAAAUGGAAUCGACACCAUUGUGGGCCAAAGCGUCUUGUUCUAUUAUAGAGAUAAAAAAUGCAUAAAGUUCACCAGCAUAAUGUAGAACAAUACAGCACAAGAAUGGUCGCUUUGGCUCAAAAUGUCCUUGCUGAAAACAAUGCCAUAUUAAACUAAAUCUCUUCUGUCUGCACAUGAUCCAUGUGAAUGCAAAAUGUGAAUAAGUUUUGAGAUUUUCUCCUGUUGUAUGGGAGUAGUGUUGAGAUUUAGUCCACAAAACAUACCUGAAUUUUCUUACUCUUUUAAGAAGGAAUGUGGAAUCAGAAUUGGAUUCACAUUUAUUAUCACUGACAUAGUGAAACUUGUUUUAUAGCAGCAGACAGUGACAGAAUUUACUGUAGGAGUAGAGUAGUUGGCUAAACAUGCAUCCUUGAGGUACACCUGUGUUGAUUGUCAGCGAGGAGGAGAUAAUAUUACUGAUCCACAAAGACUGUGGUCUCCCGAUGAAGUCAAGGUGCCAUUUUCAGAGAGAGGUACAGAAGCCUAUGUUUUGAAGCCUGUUGAUGAGUGCUGAGGGGAUGAUGGUGUUGAACCUCAAACUAUAAUUGAUAAACAGUGGCUUGACGUAUGUAUGCUGUUGUCCAGAUGCUCCAAAGUCAAUGGAGAGCCAGUGAGAUUAUGUCCAUUAGACCUGUUGUGGUGGCACACAGGUUGUGGGAGGUGUUGGUCCAGAAAUUUGGGAAAUAUUUAGCUGGUCAGGGAGCAUUUGUGAAAGGAGCAGCAGAGAUGGGUUUUAGGUCAGUGGCCUUUCAUUAGCUGCUGAAGACUUUUCAGCAUUUGGGUUUUCUGACCCUUUCCUUGGCUGGAAAAUGAAGAACCUCCAUCCACCUUGAUAGUAUUGUUGGGUAGGGUUGGGCAAUUUCACUUGGGUGAUCACGCGUGAUGCAACAUGAGAUUGUAGCAUUUAGACAUUGUUUACAAACUGACUGAAGCAUUAAAAAUUCAAAAACUGCAGGUGCUAUAAACCUGAUGUAAAACCAGAAAAUGCUGGAAACUCUCAACAAGUCUGGGAGCAUCUGCAGGAACAAAACAGCCAAUGCUUCUAGUCAAAGAUCUUAAUUGUUCCCUAAUUACUGUUAAGCAUUUAAGAAUCAUUUCAUGUGACUGUGCUUUAAGUGACUGUAGCGUUUGGUGGAGAAAGUACCAGCAAGCAGUAUGUCUGGAAGGAAAUGGUGGUAGAAAUGUUGACAAUCUGUAUGCAUUCUCAUUAAUAAAAUACCUAUGUUGA